AUGGGCGCCUCAUUGAACGAUUGUCCUACGACAACACCAUUGGUUGUGCGCCCCGAGCACCGGCAGUUCCGCGGUGUGCUAAUCGAAACUACUUGUGUCCCUUACUGUGCAUUAUCAACGCUUUCAGGGAUCACUGCCCCAGGAGCACGUCAGCUGCACCCACUCCCAAUGCCAGCAUGUGACUUCAAACCAGACAGCUACCAGGGUUGGCCGUACGAUGCCUUAAUGAGGGUCAGGAAGGAGAAGAUGUCUCCAUUCACCGUGAGUUAUUACCAGCAGCCACUGCUCCUCCACCAAGGCCAUAUGCAGUGGCUGUGGGAUGGACAGGGACGCCGCUACCUGGACUUCUUUGGAGGAAUUGUCACCAUCAACAUUGGGCACUGCCACCCGAAGGUGACGGCUGCUGCUGAGGCCCAGUUGAGGAGGCUGUGCCACACGACGAAUAUCUACCUUCACCCCCCCCUCUAUGAGUACAUCGAGCAACUCACCGCCCUCCUCCCCAACCCCCUGAAGGUGGUGUUUCUGGUGAACAGCGGCUCUGAGGCCAAUGACCUGGCGAUGCUCCUGGCCCAGACUUACACUGGCAACCAUCACAUCAUCACCCUCAGCGGAGGCUAUCACGGUGGGACGAUCAGCGCGACGGGAUUGACAUCGAUAUCCAGCUACAAAUAUAACAUCAGUGCAAAUACCAACUGCCACCCAGCCAUGUGCCCCGAUGUUUUCCGUGGGAUAUGGGGAGGCAGCCACUGUCGUGAUAGUGUCGUACAAACCCUGCGAUCCUGCAGCUGCACUGCAGACAGAUGCCAUGCCAGGGACCAGUACAUUAACCAGCUUCACAACACCCUCCUGUCAGCUGUCCCCAAGGCAAUAGCUGCUUUCAUCGCUGAACCCAUCCAGGGCGUGAGUGGGACGGUCCAAUACCCGAAGGGGUUUCUGAAGGAGGUUGCUGAGAUUAUUCGAGAACGGGGUGGAUUAUACAUUUCUGAUGAGGUUCAAACUGGAUUUGGCCGUUUGGGAAGCCAUUACUGGGGGUUCCAGUCUCACGGAGUGGUACCGGAUAUCGUUACCAUGGCGAAGGGAAUAGGCAACGGCUUCCCGAUGGGUGCCGUGGUUACCACACCUGAGAUCGCUGCCUCCAUGUCUGAAGCAACAACCUUCAACACGUUCGGAGGGAACCCCGUGGCCUGUACUAUUGGCUCCACCGUCCUCAAGGUGAUCGAGGAGGAGAGUCUGAUGGAGAAUUGCCUGACCCUGGGGAACCGGCUGCUCCUGGGGCUGGAGAAACUGCGCCAAGAGUUCGAGAUUGUGGGGGACGUCCGCGGUAAGGGGCUGAUGGUUGGCAUGGAGAUGGUGGACAGUCGGGACACUCAGAAACCUCUUCCUGCCCAAGAAAUGAACCACAUCUGGGAGGACUGCCGAGAGAUGGGACUGCUCCUGGGAAAAGGGGGCAUGUACGGACAGAGUUUCAGGAUUAAGCCCCCGAUGUGCAUCACGAAGGAAGAUGUUGAUUUUGCUCUGUCCGUCUGCCGAGUGGCUCUCGAGAAACAAACCACACGGAGGUUACAGACUGUAUCGCCCUGAUUAACCCAGGGCUGCGCAGAUACACACCAUCAGGACAAAAACAGCCUCUGUCAGAGUA